ACUGCACACGUUCCAGGGAGUUGCAUCCGAGCAGUAACUGAAGAACAUGAGGUGUAUCACGCGGUGCCGAAGACAGACAGUCUAUAAUGUAAAAAUACUUACAUAGCUUUCUUUUAUCGCAAAAGACAACGAGAGCUGGUUGGACAAUUUACUGACAAACAGGACAAACGAGUAACUCCCCGGAGCAGAAAGUUGUCGGUCUUCCUACUCGUUGGCACGUGCUUGUGUGUGUAGUAUUCUACAUCAUUGGACGUCAUGGCGGACUACCUUAUUAGUGGACAAACCGGUUACGUGCCUGAGGACGGACUGACGGGACAACAGUUGUUUAAUGGAGGAGAUGGACUCACUUACAAUGACUUCCUCAUUCUUCCAGGCUACAUUGACUUCACAGCAGAUCAAGUGGACCUGACCUCAGCGCUCACCAAACAAAUCACAAUGAAAACGCCCUUUGUCUCCUCCCCCAUGGACACUGUCACAGAAGCCAGCAUGGCCAUCGCUAUGGCAUUAACAGGAGGAAUUGGUUUCAUCCACCACAACUGUACUCCAGAAUUCCAGGCCAAUGAAGUCCGUAAAGUCAAGAGGUACGAGCAGGGCUUCAUCACGGACCCCGUGGUGCUGAGCCCCCAUCAUCGUGUGCGGGACGUUUUUCAGGCCAAGGCCCGCUAUGGCUUCUGUGGUAUUCCCAUUACAGACGACGGCAAAAUGGGAAGCAAGCUGGUGGGCAUCAUCUCCUCCAGAGACAUCGACUUCCUGAAGGCAGAGGACCACGACCUGCCUCUCAGUGAGGUGAUGACAAAGCGAGAGGAUCUUGUUGUCGCACCUGCUGGGGUAACGCUCAAAGAAGCCAAUGAAAUCCUGCAAAGGAGUAAGAAAGGCAAACUGCCCAUCGUCAAUGAAGAUGGUUGCCUGGUGUCCAUCAUCGCUCGAACUGACUUGAAAAAGAACAGAGACUUCCCUCUGGCCUCCAAAGACUCUCGCAAACAGCUGCUGUGUGGCGCUGCCAUCGGCACGCACAAUGAUGACAAAUACCGACUGGAUCUGCUGGUGCAGAGCGGAGUAGAUGUGAUCGUACUGGAUUCUUCCCAGGGUAACUCAAUAUUCCAGAUCAACAUGAUCAAAUAUAUCAAGGAGAAGUACUCAAGCCUAGAGGUCAUUGGUGGCAAUGUGGUGACCGCCGCUCAGGCUAAGAACCUGAUUGAUGCAGGAGUGGACGGACUGAGAGUGGGAAUGGGCAGCGGGUCCAUUUGCAUUACACAAGAAGUACUUGCGUGUGGCAGACCUCAGGCCACAGCUGUCUACAAGGUGUCUGAGUACGCAAGGCGCUUUGGCGUGCCAGUCAUUGCCGACGGCGGCAUCCAGACUGUUGGACACAUCGCCAAAGCCCUGGCGUUGGGGGCGUCCACAGUUAUGAUGGGCUCUCUGCUGGCAGCCACGAGUGAAGCUCCGGGUGAAUAUUUCUUCUCCGAUGGCAUCCGCCUGAAGAAGUACCGCGGCAUGGGCUCCCUGGAUGCCAUGGACAAAAACCUGGGAUCCCAGACCAGAUACUUCAGUGAGAGUGACAAGAUCAAAGUAGCUCAGGGUGUUUCUGGAGCCGUGCAGGACAAAGGCUCCAUCCACAAGUUUGUUCCUUACCUGCUGGCUGGUAUUCAGCACUCUUGCCAGGACAUCGGUACCAAGAGUCUCACUCAGCUCAGAGCCAUGAUGUACAGUGGAGAUCUGAAAUUUGAAAAGAGAACAUCAUCCGCUCAAACGGAGGGCGGUGUCCACAGCUUGCACAGUUAUGAGAAACGUCUGUUUUGAAGAUGGAGUGUCUUUUCAUCGUGAUGAAAAAAACUCCCCAAACGAGGCCUCUUUUAUCACACACAAGCAUGACCUCAACGCAUUUGUAUCCAUUAAGUGUUCCAGCAUCUUCUAUGCAUCCUUUAAUAAUAACUAAGCAUUUAUCAGUUAGUGCACACGUGACUGUGCCCUCUUAAUGCCUUCCAUCCUCUUGUGUCCAUUUUUAAAAGAAUUAAAUGAUUUUUCCAACAAGCGCUUGUCCCCCACUUUGUUCACUUACUCUACUGUGAAAAGUAAAUCUACUUGUUGGUUUAUUGCAUUGUUAUACAGUACACCAAAGAAAAUAUCACAAGCACUUAACUGAAAACUAGAUAAAGGAAAUAUUUGCUUAAAUUGUAGUAUUUAUAAUGUUAAGCAAUUAAAAGUAAUUGAGCAAAUUGGAUUGGCCAAUCUUUAAGUACAAUUACGGUACAGACACUUUUUGCAGUGUUUUUAUAUACACUCAAAAAUAUAAAUGCAGCACUUGUUUUUGCUUCCUUUUUUCAUGAGGUGAACUCGUAUCAAAAACUGGCCUCCCUCUCAAAUAUUGUUGACAAGUCUGUCUAAAUCUUUGUUAAUGAGCAAUUCUCCUUUGCUGAGAUAAUCCACCCGCCUCACAAGUGUGGAAUAUGUAGAUGCUGAUUAGACAAUAUGAUCAUUGCACUGGUGUGCCUUAGGUUGGCCACAAUAAAAAGCCACUCAAAGGAGAGUUGUUUUUUUUUAUUGUAUUUGGUGGUGGGGGGAGAUCAGAGGACCAGUCAGUACCUGGUGUGAGCACCAUUUGCCUCAAAUACCGCAGACUCUGAUCCAGCGCAUCCCAAACAUGCUCAGUGGGUGACAUGUCAGGUGAGUAUGCUGGCCAUGCAAGAACAGGGACGUUUUCAGAUUCCAGAAAUUGUGUACAGAUCCUUGCCACGUGGAUCUGUGCUGCAACAUGAGGUGAUUGUCUAUGAAUGGCACAACAAUGGGCCUCAUGAUCUUAUUCUAUCUUUGUGCAUUCAAAAUGCACCUGUGUUCAUUGUCCAUAGCAUACACCUGCCCAUAACAUAACUCCAUCGCCACCAUGGGCCACCCCAUCCACAACAUUGACAUCAGCAAACCGCUCACCCACAUGACACUUAUAGUAAAAACUGGGAUUCAUCCUUAAAGAGAACACCUUCCCGACGUGCCGUGCACCAUCAAAUGUGAGCAUUUGCCCACUCAAGUUGGUUUUGACGACAAACUGUAGUCACGUUGAGACUCUGAUGAAGACAAUGAAUGUGCAGGUGAGCUUCCCUGAGAUGGACUGUGACAGUUUGUGCAGAAAUCCACCAUACAGGUGGAUGGAUUACAGUAUCCUAGCAAAGAAGUGCUCGCUAACACAAAUUUAGACAGAUUUUUUUAACAAUAUUUGAGAGAAAUAUGCCUAUAUGUACAUAGAAAAACUUUUACAUCUGAGUUCAGCUUAUAUAUUUGUUGAAUGUAUUUUAUAUUUAUUUUUUUAUAUUUUUUCUGAAUGACUGUGCGAUUUUACCACAUGCAUUGUGAAUGUUGAAAUUAAAUAAAAAUUGGACAUUAAUAUUUCUUGUGGUUCAAUAUACAGUAUACACCCAUCAAAAUGUUAAGACCAGUUGAAAAAUUGCAGUUUGAUCUUAAGGAGGUUCUAAGUAGCGCUUCAAAAUGCAAAAAGAUGACAUGGGAGUGAGGCCAAAAAAAAGGUUAAUUAUGAAAUGUAUUGCAACCAUUAAAGUGAAGUGGGCUGUUCAUCAGCUGAUCAAAAGUUUAAGACCAUCGCGUUAAAAAAAAAAACAAAACCCAAAACUCCCCUAAAAUCUAAAUAAAUAAAAAAAAAAAACGAGUAGCUGUGCAACAGUGCAAAAUGUAAAUUCUUGACAUUUUUCAGCUGGUCUUAAAAUUCUGAUCAGGUUUGUGUUUGUGUGUGUAUAUAUAUGUGUGUGUAUAUAUAAAUACAACACAGUAUAUUGUUGCCAUCUGAUAAUACCAAAUAUUGUGGGGGUUUUUUCUUUUAAUCUGAAACAUAUUGAUGUUAAUUGUUUACUAAAAAAUGUAAAUGUUUCCAGUGGAAAGCAAUGAUGUAAGAGCCCCAGAGGAAAAUUAAACUUAAAACAUUUAUACUUGAGAACUACGGUGAAAACCCACAGCAUUUCUGUAUGUGGAAUUAAAUUAUGGAACGGAUUGAUUAAGGACCUCAAACAAUGUACAGAGGUGAGCAAAUUCAAAAAACAAUACAAGCAGUUGACGUUUGCGAAAUACAAGGCAGAAGUGUUAGGAACGGCCAAGGCCGUGAUACAGGAACCCAAAAUGCAGAGUCAAAUACGUGUAACAGAAAAAGUCUAUAAUACAAAAUGGAUAACAAAAGGUACGAAAACAACACAAGGAAAAAAGUACAACAAAAAUACCUCCGGACCUAGUCGCGGGAAUAGUAACGAAAAACACUGCUAGCACGGAGAGCUGAGCAGGGAAAAAUACAGGCACGUAACGAAGAGAGCUGCUAACAAAAACUAGCAGAAGUACCGAAAAUACAACUACUGCUGAGGACGUCAAGCAGCUGGUUAGGUACUUACAGGUGAGACGAGCGUGGGUCAGAAAGCCAAAAACACAAUGCACGAGAACAAGCUGGAAGGAGCUUAACAGGGUGUAGCAAAGGGACAAUCUGGCACUGGAUGUGAGUAAGCACACAGCUUAAAUAGAACAACUAAUCAGGCACAGGUGAAGAUGAUCAGCAAUCAGGGUGCUCAGGAGUGUGCUGCAACAGAGAAGCAGUAGAAGGCAGUACCGCAGCACACAAUCCUGACAGUAUCCCCCCCUUUUAUAAGACGCCCCCUGGCGGCCUACCUGGUUUAUUGGGGUGAGCGGAGUGGAAGUCGGAAAUGAGGGAGGGAUCCAGGAUACGGGAGCAGGCGACCCAGGAGCGCUCUUCUGGUCCAUAUCCCUCCCAGUCGACCAAAUACUGCACCCCCCUCCCCCUUCUUCUCGAAUCUAAUAGGGCUCUCACCGUAUACGCGGGCUGGCCGUCGAUGAUGCGGGGCGGGGGUGGAGCCUCGACCGAAGGGCACAGUGGACUGGUAGCGACAGGCUUGAUGCAGGAGACGUGGAAGACUGGGUGGACUUUAAGAGCCGGUGGAAGCUCCAGCUUGACAGCUGACUUGUUGACUAUUGUUUUGAUCUUGUAAGGUCCCACGAACCUUGGAGCCAGUUUCCGAGAGGUCCCUGCCAGCGGAAGGUCUUUAGAAGACAGCCAUACCUCCAUCCCAGGCUGGUAAUCAGGUGCGGGAACCCGGUGCCUGUCAGCAAUCCGACGGUUGUGUUCUGCUGUUCGUGUUAAUGCAGCCCGGGUCUCUCGCCAAAUGCGUCGGGCGCGUCGAAGGUGUACGUGAACAGCCGGGACGGUAAUCUCUGCUUCCUGGGAGGGAAAAAGCGGGGGCUGGUAACCAAACACAGUCUUGAAGGGUGACAUACCUGUCGCCGAGCAGGGUAACGAGUUGUGGGCAUACUCAAUCCAAGGGAGGUGGGUUGACCAGGAGGAGGGGUGUCGAUGACAAACGCACCUAAGUGCUGCUUCCAAGUCCUGAUUGGCCCGCUCCGUCUGGCCGUUGGACUGUGGGUGGUAUCCAGAAGAGAGACUAACGGUCGCCCCCAAUGCCUUAUUAAAUGCCCGCCAAACUCUUGACGCAAACUGAGGCCCUCUGUCCGAAACAAUGUCUGUAGGUAUCCCGUGUAGGCGAAAAACGUGCCUCACCAACAGUUUAGCUGUUUCCAGGGCCGUGGGCAACUUGGGGAGCGACACAAAAUGCGCCAUCUUAGAAAACCUGUCUACGAUAUUCAGUAUGACGGUCCGGCCAUAUGACGAGGGUAAUCCAGUGAUGAAGUCCAUUGCGAUGUGGGACCAUGGCCGACCAGGGACAGGUAACGGCUGAAGCAAACCGGCAGGAGGGCGAUGGGAAGCUUUACCUCUGGCGCAGACGGAGCAGGCGGCGACAAACUUCUUAACGUCGGCUGUCAUGGUAGGCCACCAGAACCUUUGGGAGACCAGGAAUAGGGUUCGUCGAAUCCCCGGGUGGCAGGCAAUCUUCGACGAGUGACCCCACAGCAGCACCUCGGAUCUGAGUCGUUCAGGAACAAACAAUUUCCCCUCAGGGCACCCCUCUGGUAGUUCCGUCUCCUCCGCCGCCUCAGAGACCCUCCUCUCCACCUCCCACUGGAGAGCGCCGAGUAUCCGGGCGACAGGUACGAUGGUCUCCGGUGGUGAGUUCGACUCCACCGGGGAAAAGAUCCUUGAUAAUGCAUCAGGCUUAAUAUUCCGUGAUCCAGGUCUGUAAGUGAUAGAGAAAUUAAACCUUGUUAAGAACAGUGACCAUCUGGCUUGGCGAGAGUUGAGUCUGUGCGCUGAGCGUAUAUAUGCCAAGUUCUUGUGGUCCGUAAUAACUACCAACGGCUGGGCUGCACCCUCCAGCCAAUGUCUCCACUCCCGCAGCGCAAGCACAAUGGCCAGCAGUUCCCGAUUACCCACAUCAUAAUUUCUCUCUGCCGAGGUGAGGCGAC